AUGAAGGGUGUUCAACAAUUCGGCAGACGAGGAAAACUUGCCCCGAGAUAUGUUGGACUGUUCCGGAUUACCGAGCGUGUUGGAGCGGUUUCAUAUAGACUAGAUCUUCCAGCAUCGAUAUCAAGUGUGCACGAUGUAUUUCAUGUGUCGAUGCUCAAGAAGCACCUACGCGACGAGGAGCAGCAGAGGGUGAUCGAUACAUCUGAGAUCGAGAUUCAGACAGAUUUGUCCACCAUUGAGGUGCCGGUUUGCAUCCUUGCUAGAGAGGACAAGAGACUAAGAAAUAAGGUGAUUCCUUUAGUUAAAUUUCAAUGA